UUCUGAUUUUCUUAGCGUUUAAGACAUUGUAGAACAAAACUGUGUAUUAAAUGGGUCGAAGGAACAACCAUCGUUCCAAUAGAGGCUGACAUGCGCACAAACAGACACACAACUCAAGCAGACAAGAGAUUUGGUUUGAGCAAGCUGAAAAGAUCUUCAACGUGUUCCAGAUUGAAGCUUUAAAGGUAUCAUUUCUACGGAGUAGCCAAUUAGUGGUUUGUGUGUGUGUGUGUGUGUGUGUGAGAGAGAGAGAGAGAGAGAGAGAGAGAGAGAUAGAGAGAGAGAGACCACUUCAUAUGCUGUGGCCUAAUUUCAAGUUUGGUAUUGUUUUCUUUUUCUAAGGCUAACGCAAAGUGCCUAAGAUUCAUUAAUUAUGAAAACUUUAUCGGUAGGGAAGGAAGAUAUACCAAACCUUCCCCACCAAUGAGAGCUAAGAACCCCAACACAGCUCUAAAUUCUAUACCUUGCUAACUAAACCACAAAUACCUCUAAUUUCAUCGACACCUUCAACAUAUAUUCCCCCAAAAAAACCACAUCCCACUGGAUGUUGUCUCUGUCCCUGUCCCUGCACAAACCAUCAUCUCCCAAUGCAAACAGACAAGAGGUCCAAGCAUCAUCUCCCAAUGCAAACAGACAAGAGGUCCAAGCGUUCGCCCUAUCACGAAAAACACACCAAUCCAUUAAUCUGGCUUUUAGCCAUAAUCUGCACUGUUCUAGCCGUUGCAGUGAUAGUCACAGGCCUGAUUGUGUUUGUGGGAUACGAGAUCAUCAAGCCAAAGGUGCCUUCAUUUAGUGUCGCCGAAGCUCAUCUCGACUUGUUCGACUAUUCCCAAGCCGGUCUGCUCACAACCGAGGUCAACAUUACUACCAAGUUUGAGAAUCACAACGCCAAAGCCCACGCGAGUUUCUACCAAGUAAGCUUGUUACUCAGCUUCUAUGGGACAAAGAUAGCAAAAUUGGUUGCUGAGCCAUUUGAUGUGAGCAAGAAUAGCUCAAUUGAGUUGAACUACCUAGUUGACUCGUCCCCGAUUCCGCUAGGCCCUGCCGAGCAGGACUAUGUUGACAGGUCUAUAAAGCAGGGGUCUGUAAUAUUUGAACUCAAAGGGAAUGCGAGGACUCGUUGGAGGAUUGGUCUUCUUGGCUCGGUUAAGUUCUGGUUGCACUUGAAUUGCGAGCUUCAUUUUUUCUUUAUAAAUGGGACUGCCACAACCAAACAUUGCAGCAGCAAGUCUACAUAAGUGCUCUCUCAUUUGAUCGGUGUAUAGUUCAACCACCACCUCAAAUUGAUAGGACUAUCACUAGGUAAUGGCCUGUUUUGUUUUGUUUUGUUUUUUUUUUUUUUUUUUUGGCCAAGUAUAGAGAAUUUGAACUCUUGGGAAACAAAAGUUAACAGAGGUUUUCAUUUAUUUAAAGUUCAUGUAUAAUGUUGGUGUCUGUUUUCUCCCCCACUUCAAUUGCACCAAUUUAUAUCUUCUCUGGCAAUGAACUUUGCAUGUAGAUGAUCCAGUUGCUCUCCAUCAAGAACUGGGAGAGUCGGUAAUUAAAAAUUUGGAUCAUUUCUCGAUUUGUGCUCGAAUAAAAAGGAAAUAAUAAAACAAGCAUCUGUUGCCAAA